UCUCAAAUCUGGCCACAGUGGUUGUAACUGAUUGUCGCAGCUGGUGACAGUCCGCAAUUUGCAAUUCAGCUGUGCAUUUUUGGAGCACAUGGAAGUUUGUAAAUAAUCUCUAAUCGCUGCAAAAUUCCACGUCACAUAUAAGACAUGUCGCGGCAUCGAGAUGUUCGUUGUAUGAAUUACUCUGAUGAAUAUGAUGGCUACGACGAUGUUUAUGGACAUUCAGUGGAAGAUGAUUAUUGUGUAUCACCUAGUGCGGAACAGUUUUUGUUCGAUCGAAGCAAGCAACAGAAUAUUGCUUCCUUUAUCACGGAACCAGAUAUAGUGGAAGAUAAUGAGGAGGAUAUAGUAGACGAUAUUGGUGAGUCUUCAUCAUCGGUCAAUGAAGAGAAAUGUAACCUUUCUGAACUGGAAAGGGCAAAAUUAAUAUCUUGUAUAGAAACAAUCAGAAAUGUCAUUGGUGACACUGUGCCUGAAUCUAAGUUGAGAGAAAAAAUUAUUUCAUCAAACUUUGAUGCAGAUGUGGCACUUGAUGCUAUUUUGAAAGAGUCUUCACCAAAAAACGCUAGUGAUUCAACGGCGAAUAAGGAACGAUUGGAACGGCAUCCAGGUAACAAAUUAUCAUCUAAGCCUGCAUUGCAAGUUACAACACCUUCUACUAUAAAAGUUGUACCUACCGGUACGAAGCCUGUUGUGAAGGGUUUCGAUUUGAGUGGCGUAGAAAAUGCGGAUUUAUUAAGUCCACGUUGCCAGAGCCCGUCUUCUAAUCGAAACAGCCCCGAGACCAAGCGCAAAGAGGAUAUCAUAAAAAAGGAGAAGACACUCUCGUCGACAACGAACAGUCCAAGAUGCCAGUCGCCUGUAUCAGGUCACAUAACGCCGGAGUUGGACGUCAAAACAAAAUCUAACGCAUCCAACGAAGAAAAGGUGGAUGUGCAAGCGAUAUAUAAGAAUAAAAGAGGCGACAGCAAAGAGCAGAUUCAUCUAGUGGUUGUUGGACACGUCGAUGCUGGUAAAAGCACAUUGCUCGGACGAUUGCUCUGUGAUUUGGGUCAAGUGCCGCAGAGACUCAUUCAUAAAUAUCAGCAAGAGAGCAAGAAGAUAGGGAAGCAGUCGUUUGCUUACGCUUGGGUGCUGGACGAGACCGGUGAGGAAAGAGAGCGCGGAAUAACAAUGGACGUAGGCCACUCCAAGUUCGAAACAGACACAAAGUCUAUUACUCUCCUAGAUGCACCUGGUCACAAGGAUUUUAUACCGAAUAUGAUAACCGGCGCCACGCAAGCGGAUGUAGCUUUGUUGGUGGUUGAUGCGACCAGAGGCGAAUUUGAAACUGGAUUUGACAGCGGCGGGCAAACACGCGAACACGCACUGCUAUUACGUUCCUUGGGAGUAUCGCAACUAGCAGUAGUCGUAAACAAACUGGAUACUGUAAAUUGGUCUAAGGAUAGAUUCAACAAGAUAGUCGACAAAAUGAGUGUGUUUCUGAAGCAAGCUGGCUUCAAAGACACUGUCACUUUUGUACCUUGUAGCGGUUUAUCCGGAGAGAAUAUCAUAACGAAACCGAAGGAGCAGCUUUUUAACUGGUAUACCGGAUCUACUCUAGUCAAUGUAAUCGAUAAUUUUAAGUGUCCAGAACGACCUGUAAAUAAACCAUUCCGUUUUUCGGUCAAUGAUAUAUUCAAAGGUACCGGAUCCGGAUUCUGUGUAUCCGGCCAUGUUGAAACGGGCAUGGUAUCUUUAGGUGACAAAGUUUUAAUACUACCUCAAAAUGAGAUUGCAGUUGUUAAAGGUCUUCAAUCGGAUGAAGUUUCAAUGACAAACGCGUUCGCUGGUGAUCACGUGGUGCUGACGUUAGCGGGUAUCGAGCAGCAAAACGUGGGCGUCGGCGAUAUAAUUUGUCAUCCGCAGAGUCCGAUACCCGUGACAACGUGCUUUCAAGCACAUGUAGUUAUAUUCGCGAUAGCAAAACCGAUUACGAAAGGGCUUCCAGUGGUGAUGCACCAGCAGUCUUUGGUACAACCGGCGGUCAUCACGAAAUUAAUAGCGCAACUUCAUCGCAGCACCGGCGACGUGAUCAAGAAGAAACCGCGUUGCUUACCGAAGAAUUCCAGCGCGAUUAUCGAGGUCGCGACGCAAAAUCCGAUCUGCAUGGAAUUGUACAAGGAUAUUAAGCAGCUGGGUAGAGUUAUGUUACGGUUAGAAGGCACCACUAUCGCAGCUGGUUUAAUUACAAAAAUUUUGUAAAUCUGGAAAAUUAUAAUUACAUGUGAAUACAGAGUCUCAAAUAUGCAAUUUUUUCAUAUUAGAACAAAUCAUAAAUUACUUAGAUCUGACAUAUGCAUCGCUAUCAUAUUUAUACAUCACACAAGCCAAUGGAUAGGUUGUCAUAUUAUUUUAUUUACAACAUCGCGAAGACCACUCGAGAUUUUUUCUUAAUUAAUAUACAUUCUGUAAUAUAUUUGUAAUAUUUUACGUAAAUCUAGAAUUAAUUUGGUAUGUCCGUAAUAAAGGUAUGAUUAUAUUAUUUU